GUGCCGGGUGGUGCGGUGCGGUGAGUGGAGGAGGGCGGGAGAGGAGGAGGAGGGGAUGAUUACGUUCGUGGACUCGGCGACGGGGGAGCGGGAGCGAGGGGACUCGGCGGCGCGGUGAACGAGAAGGAGGCAACCAGGAGACCGACGCCAAGCCGACGACCAGGGCGGACACCAGCUCAAUCUCCGGUCAUUUCUUCCUCUGGCUUUGAACAACCUUGCGAGUGUUUAUGUGGAUUGCGGGAAUCUAGACUUGGCAGCUGAAUGCUACAUUAAUGCGCAGCUUGCAGCUUGCUCGCGAGCAUGCAACAAGCCAGCAUGAAUGACUUGUUUAUGAAGGAUGGAUACUGUAUGAUACUGGCCACUGCGAGGAAGGAUUGCAGAAAGCGGAAGCAUUCAUUGCCAUACAGAGAUCAUUUGAGGCGUUCUUUCUAAAAGCUUAUGCUUUAGCUGAUUCGAGCCUCGAGCCGUCAACCUCAGCAACAGUCGUAUCGCUUCUUGAAGAUGCAUUACGGUGCCCCUCAGAUAGACUUAGGAAGGGCCAGCACAACUUGAUCCAAGUUUAUAUAAAUGCUGAAAUGAGUGCUCUGGAGCAAUCGAUUCACAAGUAUGGAGAGGACACACAGUAGUGGCAUCGACCCAGAUCCGGAGUCAAGCAGGUGAGCACACACAGUGAAGGUGUUGUUCCAUCUCUCUGAUGGCUCCUGGACAUAUUGUCGGCGGCCUAGCAGAUCGGAGCUCAUCGGCAACGAAGCUCCGCCCAGAAGUGUGCUUCUCGCAGCAGCCCCCCUACGGCGAUACGGAGUGGGAAGGUCGAAUGCACGUGGGGAUGUCAAAUUCGGUAGCGACUGCAAUCAGGGACAUCAUAAGGGAUACAUCAAUUGGCAAAAUAAGGAACCAUGAGAAGGCUGAUCGUGCUACGGUGGAACAGGCAAAUGUCUAUCAUGCAACAAAAAUAGAUGGCCAGGAGCUAGCAAUCAAAGUCUAUAAAACCUCUGUCCUUGUCUUUAAGGAUAGAGACAUAUAUGUUCAAGGAGAUUAUCAUUUUAGAUAUGGUUACUGCAAGCAUAAUCCCCGCAAAAUGGUUAUAACCUGGGCUGAAAAGGAAAUGAGAAAUCUUAAACGGCAUUUGUAGAAUCAUUAGGAAUGAGUUUUCUUGCGAAUUAUGCUAAGGAAUCCAUCAAUGUGGAGAGAACGUUCUUCCCAGUCAUCAGAAAUCAAGAAAAAAGUAACCUGGAACUUCACACUUUUAGAGGCCAUUUUUCUUCCCAGUUUCUCUGAAGUGGCGGCGGGGAAGCGGCCCUCGAUCGGGGCCAUGGUCCUCUCUCGACGGGCAAGGAAUAACGGCGGCCAGGGACUUGCCCAACUCCCGCACAGGAAUACAUAUGUCAGUAUCAAUAAUCACUGACAAAUAUAUUACUCUUGGAUCAUCUCAAAUUUUAGUGGCCCUAUGUCUUUUCACACUCAUGCUAUUUUUUGGGUAUAUUUGCAUAUUUAUCUGGCUGCUUUCUUAGUGCCUUACAUCUAUUAGUGUUGUCUCAGCUCUCUUGUCCUUUUUCUUGCUGUAAAAUAUAACUGGCAAAUUGGUAAGAUGGCUCUAACAUCCUUUCAAUAAAAUAUAACUGAAAAAUUGGUAA